CGCUUUCCCUUCGAAUCAAAACAAAACGGGUUUAUAGUUUAUAUUCCUGUUUUUAGGCAAUUUAAUGUAAAUAUUAAGCCAGUUUAAAUGUAUAAUUGUACAAAAUGAACGACCAGAAACCCCCUUCGCUCACCCAAUACUUCGGAACAGAAGACAGCGUUGAAAACGAUAUCGAAAAAGAUAUGAUCGAAGCUAUGUCCAAGAUAGAAAACAUAAAAUUGACCCCAGAAAUAGAAACUAACGAAAAGGGGGAGCCGGAGGUAUGCAGAAUAUUCGCCGAGACGCCCGUAGAGCCUAAAGAUCCUACGGCUGCCUUUUUUGAUUUGAUUGGAAAUGAUCAUAUGAAAGCCAGUUCGGAUAGUGCAGUUAUUACGCAGUUGGGGCUCAGUAGUAAGAGCGAGGAGUCUUAUAUACCCAGGGUUACAUCCAGCGCUGAGACUGAUAGAAGAAGGGAUGCCUGGAUUCCUAUUGAAAGAACUCGACAAGCGCUUAUAGCGAAUGCUACUGCUCCUUCAGGAACUUAUAUUCCCGAUCCGGACAUGCUUACAACUCCAGGGGUCUUAUUGGAAGAAGAGUUGGGUGACGCUAUUGGCGAAGCUGUAGGCGUUUCUUUAGGCGAAGCUGAAGCUGCCCAGAGAAGAAGUCUGUGUGCCAGUGACGUCACGCAAGAUGAAAGAGGGUUAAGGGAGUUAGUUCAAGCAGGUUCCUAUAGGGCUGCCAUCAAUCUCACUGCCAGAUUAUUGCAAAUUUACGGUCAAGGAAGGGGUAGAGUUGGCCACAUAACGAAGCAUUCUCCCCAUUCACUACAACUGUGGUUCACUAGAAUAGCGAUCUUAGUGAAAACGAAAGCUUAUAACAUUGCUCAAGCCGAGGCUGAACCUUUUGGUCAAUUAGAAAAACCCGAUGUUUUUUACCAGUUUUAUCCGGAUAUGUACGGUGGUAGAUCUGGGUCUAUGGCAUCGUUUAGUUUUAGAUUAUUACUAGCGGAAUUGCCCAUGCAUUGCGGGAAGCCUAAGGAAUCGCUCACCAAGUUGUUCAGCAUGCUUGCCACCAUAAAAAAGAUGCUGAGCAAUUUAAGACAAGGUUUGUGCGAAGAUGGGAAUCCUAUGGAAAUCGGAGAAUCAGAUAGAGCCGAUUCUCUACGACUAUGGAGCGGUAGAGAGGCUAGAGUGAUGCACUCUAUAAUAAACUGCGCCAUUUCUCUGAAAGAUUACGAGUUGGCUAUGGAAUUAUUGGGACAGCUUUGCGAAAGAGACGGGGCUCCUAAGCAUUCCCUACUGUCCGCUUUAGGGAGGUUACAUUUACAAUUAGGAAAUAUUUCAGGUGCUGAAGUUUGUUUUAAUGAGGCAGCUCAAUUGGCAGGCCCCACAGGAGUGAGGGAGUUGGUAGACAGAGGUCUUUUGGCCAUUUCCCAGAACAAUUUCGAUGACGCUUACGUCUAUUUCCAACAGGCCAGCAACAUGGAUCCGUCCAAUAUAAUGAUUCUGAACAAUAUGGGUGUGUGCCUACUCUACGGGGGUCACCUCAAAGAGGCCAUAGGAGUACUAGAAUCGGCCAUAGCCUCAAAUCCUAUUCACGCCCUUCAUGAAUCCUUAAUUUUAAAUUUGUGCUGUCUCUACGACAUGGAAUCGUCGAAGGGCAUUAUGAAGAAGUUUGCCUUGCUCAGACAGCUGUCGAAGUACAGCGCAGACGCACCAACAGCUAUUUUAGAGAAACUAUAUGGAUGAUAGAGACGAAUUUUUAGCUUUUUUCUUAUUUAAAAAUGACCGAUAGUUUUCCAAAUUUUCAGGCUUUCCGAAUUUUGAACUUUCUAGGCACAGAUUGAGGAAUAACAGCUGACAAACCAUAGAAUAAUAAAAUUAAAGAGAUAUCAAGUCAUUUAUAAUGGUUAUGGCUUCCUACUCUAACUCAUAUACAUAUAAAAGAAUAUACUGCGUGUAUCGCCUAAAUUCUUGUCCCAAUAUUGAAGGAUAGAUAUACGGUCUUGGACACAUUAUCUCUGUGGUCUGUAUUUUAGUGCAUGCGACAGAGAUAAAUAUAAAAAACCCUUUGAAUAAGAAGACUAAGGAAGGAGCAUAAUGCUAUCCAUGUAUUCAUGCAUGGUGGGCGGAAAAAG